GGACUAGAUGGCGCACUGUUAUUUGGUGGUGUGCUGCAGAGAUCUCACAGGAGUGUGGACUGAGCAUGUAGCUGCUUGUGAGGUGUUCCCUAACACCACAGGGUUGAUUCUGUGCAGGGUUGAAGACUAGACAGUUCUACAAGUUUUUAGUCACAUUUUCCAUGUCAGUUAAAUCUAGGGAGUUCAAGGCUACUGGAAAAAUUAGUCUCAUUACUAAAAGAAACUUAGAGAACGAGGGAGGGAAGGAGGUACGGAGUCUAGGAGGUACCUCUGGGUUGCAGAAGUGAUUGUAAAAUACCAGACCUUUUUUUUUUUUUCUUUUUACUAAGAGCUAGUUUCACAGUCUUCUGGUCUGAAACACUGAGGCAAAUACUCAAAAGAUUUAUUUUCUUCCUAAUCUUGCUGGUGGAAAGAAGUUACUAGAAAGAAAGGAAGAAAAAAAUUGAUUUGGUGACUGCAGGAAGCAACACGUUGCUGAUUUUAUUCUCCAGAUAAUGAUUUAUGAGGAAUCCAAGAUGAAUUUGGAGCAGGAGAGGCCGUUUGUCUGCAGUGCCCCAGGCUGCUCCCAGCGCUUCCCAACAGAGGACCAUCUGAUGAUUCAUAGGCACAAGCAUGAGAUGACUUUGAAGUUUCCCUCAAUAAAAACAGACAAUAUGUUAUCAGAUCAGACUCCGACCCCAACGAGAUUCCUGAAGAACUGCGAGGAGGUGGGCCUCUUCAGCGAGCUGGACUGCUCCUUUGAGCACGAGUUCAGGAAGGCUCAGGAGGAGGAGAGCAGCAAGCGGAAUAUUCCGAUGCAUAAUACAGUCGGUGGGGCCAUGACGGGGCCCGGAGCUCACCAGCUUGGCAGUACCCGGAUGCCCAACCAUGACACCAGCGUUGUGAUUCAGCAAGCCAUGCCAUCGCCCCAGUCCAGCUCUGUCAUCACACAGGCACCUUCUACCAACCGCCAGAUCGGGCCUGUCCCAGGCUCUCUAUCUUCUCUGCUACAUCUCCACAACAGACAGAGACAGCCCAUGCCAGCCUCCAUGCCUGGGACCCUGCCCAACCCUACAAUGCCGGGAUCUUCUGCCGUCUUGAUGCCAAUGGAGAGACAAAUGUCAGUGAACUCCAGCAUCAUGGGGAUGCAAGGUCCAAAUCUCAGUAACCCCUGUGCUUCUCCCCAAGUCCAGCCAAUGCAUUCAGAAGCCAAAAUGAGGCUGAAGGCUGCAUUGACUCACCACCCUGCUGCCAUGUCCAACGGGAAUAUGAACACCAUGGGACACAUGAUGGAAAUGAUGGGCUCCCGGCAGGACCAGACGCCACACCACCACAUGCACUCGCACCCACAUCAGCACCAGACGCUGCCAGCCCACCACCCCUACCCACACCAGCACCAACACCCAGCACACCACGCUCACCCUCAGCCCCAUCACCAGCAGAACCACCCACACCACCACUCGCACUCCCACCUUCACGCACACCCAGCACAUCACCAGACCUCUCCGCACCCGCCCCUGCACACCGGCAACCAAGCACAGGUUUCACCAGCCUCGCAACAGAUGCAGCCAACCCAGACCAUACAGCCGCCCCAGCCCACAGGGGGACGCCGGCGAAGGGUGGUGGAUGAAGAUCCCGACGAAAGGCGGCGGAAAUUUCUGGAACGGAACAGGGCCGCUGCCACCCGCUGCAGACAGAAGAGGAAGGUCUGGGUGAUGUCACUGGAAAAGAAAGCAGAAGAACUCACCCAGACAAACAUGCAGCUUCAGAAUGAAGUGUCUAUGCUGAAAAAUGAGGUGGCCCAGCUGAAACAGUUAUUGUUAACACAUAAAGACUGCCCAAUAACAGCCAUGCAGAAAGAAUCACAAGGAUAUUUAAGUCCGGAGAGUAGUCCUCCCGCAAGUCCUGUCCCAGCUUGCUCACAGCAGCAGGUCAUCCAGCAUAACACCAUCACUACUUCCUCAUCAGUCAGUGAGGUGGUGGGAAGCUCCACCCUCAGUCAGCUCACUACUCACCGAACAGACCUGAAUCCAAUCCUUUAAAAUGCACGGGUCAGACCUUGCCUCCAAGAAGAGCUGUAGCAUACCAUGCACCCUUUCUCCUAAGGGCAUUUUUAGAAUUAACUCAGAGCUGGAAGACUCCUCAGCCCUUCAAAGACUGGCUUUCAUUUUUAUAGUUACUAUGGAAAUGUUGUCUUUUAUACUUAGUUAUAUAAGAAAAAAAAAGGGAGUUAUGCAAUUAAUAUCUGUCAGCUUGGGAAACGCUUUGGUGCUUUUCUCCAAUUUUCUGGUACCAGUUACUUGUUUAUAAACGGAACCUCUUCUGUAUAUAGCCAUAGUUUCCUUCUUAUCAGUCCAGCCCUUUGUCUGAAACAAUGACUCUUGUUAAAACACAGCUUUUAGCCAAAAUGAGGCAUACCUAGAUGUCAAGUGAGACUGAUCAAGGUAACUGGGUAGGAAAUCUGAUGACGUCAUAACUCAUGUUGAGCUUGCGCUGUGACAUCACCAGAAUCCCAGAUUAAACACACAGCCUUUCCGCAACUGUUUCUGUCUUACCAGAAAACAAAUUAGAAGAUCCACCCACGUCCUAAUAAAACCACCAAGCACCUCCCCUCCUCUCCUCUUCUCUUGGUCCACUUGCUCAAAUGCCCAAUUUCCCUCUCUAUUUACACUUUAUCUUGGCUCCCUGUUUACUCUUCAUUUUAACCUUCUUCUGUUUUAUGUUUUUCCCCUUUAGCAUUACAUGUGAAGAAAAAAAUAAUGUUUAAAGAAA